GCAUGUCUGAAUUGUAUUGCUGCCGAAGCCUGGUCGGCGUAUCUUCUAAUCGAUAUUGUUAAGGAAAGACUUCCUUCAAGUGGGCGACUACGUUAUGUUCGUUAACCUGAAGCGUAUGGUGUUCAUUGAGUAAGCGUUCGAUCGAGGACAUCAACAGUCAUCCCGUUAUAGUCCGGAGUGCAGUGUUCUGACAUGUUCUCCGUCUACGUUUACUGCAUCCUGGCGACCAUAUUGGUGCGGCGUAGUUGAGGACCGGUGGGCCGUUUUCCUUGUAUGUUGCCAGUAUUUUGUUGCUCUGUACUUGUGAAAUAAUCGCGGUCCUAUGAGAAGUAAAGGAACAGACUGUCUAGUGUCACGUCUCAAAUCUUAGCGUUAUUGACAGCCGGAAUCGUAACGCCAUCGCAAUAUUAAGGUCAAGUCUGUUCUUCUUCGUCCAGUUUGUGAAUAUGGUCGCUGAGGAUUUACUGGUGGCGAAAAAGGGCGGAGGGAUAGCCGUUUACUUUUGAGCACGUGCCAUCGAUUCCAUUGACCGACGUCAAUAUCGUGCAAUCAUCAAAGUACGAGGUGUUAGAUAAUCCCUCUAGUGGUUAGGUAGUUUCGAAAUAUAGAAAUUAAACAGCAACAGGGAGAGGAUACCACCCUGCGAAACCCCCUGUUUAAUUCUUCUCAAUUUCCAAAUUUCAACUCAAAAAUGUAUGGAUAACUGGCGACCGCUGUGGAAGGUCAUAACCCUUGUGUGAUUGACUGUGUCAAAGGCUUUUGACAAGAAGUCCAGUCCUCUAGCAAGGUGGUUUUUGGUUGAGGCCAUGAACUGGGCGUUUAUGACACUAAGUGCUGUGGUGAUGCCGUACACUUUGCGGAAGCCAUGCUGGUGGUUAGCUAGAUUCAGGUGGUGAGUGAAGGCCCAGAAUAAAAAAGCCUCAAGAGCCUUCACUACUGGGAAGAAGAGACUUGUGAGGUGAUAGGACUCCCUCAGGCGGGUGCUUUUUUAGAUUUCAGUAAAAGACCAUUCUUUCAACCAAAUCAUAAAUGCUCAGAUAGCUUUUCACCGGAAUCAAAAGCAACUCUGUGAGAGGGCGAUCCUCGUAGCGUUGGAAUUGGCAACCAUGCAAGUUGAGAAUAUAGGCCAAUCCACGAUCCCUAAAGGCUGAAUAGGGGGACCAUGAACUUCCUGAACGAUUGGCAAUCAUCCGUAUACUUUCCAGGGCAAAACUCUAAAUUAGGAUGAAUUAAUCAGGGUGUUCAACAGGAUGGCUGGGUGUUCUUUCACCGUUACUGUUUAAUUUCUACAUUUCAAAAGUCCCGCAACCACCACAUUACCCCAUCGGGCAAUGCAAUCGAUGGCAUGUGCUCAGGAGUAAAAGAGUAUCUCUCAGACGUUUCUCGCUACUUAAUGGCUGGAUCUUAAUAUCACAGUCGAUGAUAUUAAAAUUCCGAUUGUCAGAAACCCUUUAGGCGUUACACUAUACAGCCUGUGCUUCUUCACACCGGUUGAGUCCGCGAAUACAUCCGAAGCCAGAGCCGGAACAAAAUCCUCAUAUCACUAGCCGGCAACUAGUGGUGAACGUGUCCUCUGCGAAUUCUGUGAAUUCCGUCAGUACAGAUGUUCAUAAAAAUAAAUUCAACGAACUUCUCAACUGAGAUAAGUAUGAGCAAAUAAUGCGCAUGGUUAGCAUAACUUACCACGGUAUACAGUUCAUCAGACCAUUGCUAACGAGUUAAUAACACAUUUGAAAGCAACAACAAAGACCAAGUUAAAUUCGUGCAAGAGAGUAUGCGGAUACCUCAUUAAGGAGGUAUAGCAGUUAUCUGGUUGCACACCAAGUAUUAUUUUAGACAGUUUUACUAUUGUGAGUGGUACAAAUGACAAACGAAAUUACAAAUUUCUUUGUUUUUAUGUUUUUAUGCUAUUGCAACAUGUUGUAUAAUAAAUUUCUUCACCUAACGGUUGUUUGUAUCACUUAAAAGUAAUCGAGUUAGCACAGGGUUUUGUAUACAGUCAUGGACAGAGAUAUAGUACACUUUUAAAAUAUAUUAUACAUAAUAAGUUUUUAGUUUUAUCAAAUAAGUGCAUCGCAAUAAUUUCCUACUUUAGUGUUUGUCUUGAAUUUCAAAGUUUAUAACGUUAUGCUGAUGGUAGAAAGAACCAAUUUUCAUACCUCAACUUUCUCAAAAAUACUAUGGAAUCAAUCGUGCUCGAAUCGCUAUGAAUUAGAUUUUUAUAUAUGAUAAUGAUUCAAAUCACGAAGCUUAAAAUGUGAAGAAUUGGUAAAACUGGUGGCCUACUUUGCUAUUUCCGUGUCCAAAUCGAAAUGAGCAAUUGGAAACUCAAGAUGUUCUAUACUAUGUUAAUAAGAGCGGUAUUUCUCUGCUCUGACUGUGUAUAAAUGGUCAGGGUGAAAGACGAGUUCAAAUCCUGGUAACUGUCCGUUUGUCCAUUUAUGCAAACUGUAGCUUGAGCACAAAUUGAGAUAUCUUGAUAAAACUUGGUAUACUUGUUUCUUGGUUUUCCCACAAAUCACCAUUAAUAGAAAACCAAUAAGUUGUCAUAACUAAGCUCCACAAUGAGAUAUAAGAUGUUAGUAUUAUUAAAGAGGGACAAGUAUACCAAAUUUUGAAAAAAGCCAUCUAUUAGGUUUAAUGUACAUAUCACCCAAACGUCUAAAAUGCUGAUUAAAUUCAUUAUAAUUAAAUUCAUAUUUAAAAAUGCGAUAAAUUUACAAAAAUGUCAGAGGCAUACAAUUUUACACCUCAGAUGAUACAAAAAAGCUUCAUAGGCGCCGCUGUCAAAAUACCCAUAUCUCGUGACCAGCUGUACCGAUUUCAACCAAAUUCGCACCAAUGCUACUCAGUACUUUAUAUUUGGACUUUUUUUUAUCGAAAAUAUCUGUUAAUCUGUGAAAUAUAUUUUAGUAAUUCGAGAAGAAUCCUUUUCUGAUAAUAGUUUUUCCAUGUGUCAAAAAUUUAUUGAAUUGGAUCAAAAGUUCCCUUAGUCCUCGUAUACCUAGUAGACAAAUUUUCGAGUUUCCGGCUAAUUUUUUGCCACAUAUAUCGGUCAAUAUACUAGUUUUCUUUAUGAUAAUGAAACAACUUGUUUUUGUAAUAAUAAUGUAUCGUUGUGCUUAUAAUGAAUAAAAUGGCUGAAUAACAUACCCAAGCCCCAUAUAACUAAUAUCAAAGUUUUCAAACAUCUGAUUGACUUUACUGCAUAACUUAUAUGGUAAUUGUAUGUGAGGUACCUUAAUGAAACUCUAAUAACAUCUAUUUCUGCUAAUAUUAUUAAGCAAUGCGAAAAAUAGAUAAAUCAGGAUUAUUAACUACUACCCCUAUCUUCUAUAUACCUCAUAUAGAAUUUUUAAACUUCCGAUUCGUUUUAGACCAUAUAUAUUGAUGCAAGAUAUCCUUUAUCAUUAUACAUAGGCUGCUAUAUAUAUUUCUGGACUAGGCAACACUAAGUGUUGCCAGGUGCAAUCUGACAUUUCCAUUGGAAAGUUUGACAUUUUUUAGCAUAACAUCACUCAGAACGUUUUGUCAUUUAAUUGUGAAUUGUUUUGUUUACAGGGAAUUAAAAAAUUCAUCUCGGCCAAAAAAUGGAAUUAACUCGUGAACAUUUUCGUGCGAUCAUUUUUCACAACUUUCGACGUGGAUUAUCACGACAAGAGUGCAUCGAUGAACUAAAAUCUUUGUAUGGCUAUGAAGCACCAUCCUAUAGCACUGUGAAAAACUGGUACAACGAAUUCAAUCGUGGCCGACGCUCGCUCAAAGACGAAUUCUGUGAAGGUCGUCCAAAAACAGCCGUUGUGCCAGAAAACAUCGAUGCCGCACGUGAACUGAUAAUGCAAGACCGUCAUGUAACAUACCUUCAGAUAGAGGCGUGCCUAUGCAUUUCUCCCACCAGCAUACAUUCGAUAUUGCAUGAACACCUGGCCGUAAAAAAAUUUGUUCUCGUUGGAUCCCGCACAAUUUGACAAUCGCUCAAAAAAAGGGUCGUGUGGAUUGGUGUAAAGAAAUGCUGAAAAAAUACGAUCGCGGUGCUUCAAAACACGUUUAUAAGAUCGUCACAGGUGACGAAUCAUGGAUCUAUGCGUAUGAGCCCGAAACAAAACAGCAAUCGACCGUGUGGGUCUUCCAAGACGAGCCAAAUCCAACGAAAAAAAAAACAUUUUCGUUGAUAAAUAUGCCUAUUUUCAUUAUUAGGCCAGAAAUAUACAUAUAUAGCAGCCCUCGUACAACACAAAAUCAUUGUGCAGAUCAAAACUUGUUCAAGUCAAUAUUGUUCUAAUUACUACACAAUAAAACUAACCAAAAAUUAUUUUCAAGUAGUCGUUUCUCGUGUUAAUAUGUACAAAUAUUUUGAUUGCAAAUGUGCGUUGUGUAUUUUUAUAGCUUCGGUUUUGAAAUAAAAAAGGAGGAGAAUUGAAAGAAAGAGUUUGGUGUGGUGAGCUUUUUGACAAAACACAUAUAAUCGGAUACAUUAAAAUGAUACCUCGUAGAGUUCUAAAAACUCUGUCCGAAAUAUUUUUGAUGAAUUCCAUAAAAACUUUGCAAAUAUGUAUGUAUAUAACUCAAUAAGACUUGUAUUACUACCUAAAUAUGCAUUUUAUAUACUUAGGUUUGAUACGACAUAUAUUUGUUUUAUGUAUAUAUUUGCUUUGGUCAUUAAUCGUCGAUAUCAUGUUAAAAGACCAAGUGGUCGCACAUUUGCUUAUAUAUGUAUAUGUAUUAUGUGUGCAUGUAAACAAAUAUAAAAGAACCAUACGCGUAAUGUUUGUAAAUUUGUCUAUGUACACUCAAAGCUCACAUUUUUUGCUUUCAUGUCAAAGAGUCAAUAUGUCGACGGACCGAAGGGGCGACAAAGCUUCACAACAUUGUGUUGUUGGUAGAGAAUCCGAGCUGUGCCGAAAACACAAACGAAUGAUCGCCAAUUGCCACUGCUUCCCUUGCCGCUGAAACAGCUUCGCAUACAAGCCAGCGUAGAUAUGUAUGUAUUUGUAAUGAGCGUGCAUACAUAUCGACGCAGGCUUUUGCAAGCUGCUUAAAAAUAUUUUUCACAUUCCUUGACAAAUACAGUCAAUCCCGGUUAUGUCCCUUAAUUAAAGAUACAGAUGCUUGGGGUUUGUAAAACUAAAAAUAUAAUAUGGCACAUAAGUGUGUGCGAAUACUUAAGCGAGUGGUACUUAAAACAAUAAUUUCUAUGUAUUUCAUAAAAAUAAACCGUGAGAAGCAGCAAGAUGUAGGGAGUUAAGAGGGAUGAUUUUCAUUUAAGCGGAGUACUACUUAACUGGGACAUACUGUAUACAUAACUCAGAGGAAUAAUGAAUAUUUUGAUACAUUUCUUGACUUGAAAAUCGACAAAUAAACUAUGUUGUCAAUUUUAUUCUAUACUUAUAUUUGCGGGGUUGUCGCUUUUUCCUUCUCAUACAAAUAUCAGAAAUUGUUCAAUUUAUGAUUUUUGGCUUUUGCCACCGUCGCGAAAAGACGCUUAUAGGCAAAGGCAUGCUCGGGGAGAUGUAUUGGUGUUUGUUUUUAUGAAUGAAGCAAGUUUGCCUGUUGAAAGGGCGCUUGCGUUCAUGAAUGAAAAUAUUGUUGUUAGGAGUUUUUCUACAAAUUUGGGCAUCAACUAUUUGGCUGCCAUAUUGACUUAUGACGCUGCUGAUGCUAUUUCAAACGAUUGUUGUUUUUGUAAAGCAAUGUUUGUAGUUUUUUCGGGUGACAUCUACAUGUGAACGCAUAUAAGUAUGUAUGUUGUGUAUGCGUUAUUUGUGUGCCAAUGUCAUACGCACAUAUUUAUGUAUGUACAUACAUAUGAGCAGCGCGCACAUGUUAUUAUUGAUAAGUGAUAAUAUGAUUUGAAUUCGCGAAAGCGAACAUAAACACAUAUGGUCCUGAUACAUGUGCAUAUAAGUUUUGAAUGAUAAAAUUUACGAUUAAUGUACAUUUAUCACAAUUGUAAUAUAUUUCAUUUUUUUAAUAAUAUUAUGAUAGUUUGUUAUAUACAUACAUAUGUUAUGAAGUAUACAUAUGUAUAUGUAUGAUUUGAUAUAUUAAAAAAAUAAUUAUAAAAUAGGCUUUAUUUUCACAUUAACUACGAAUAUUGCUUUGAAAAAGUAAUUUAUGUAAUUCAAAUAUAUUCAAAUUGCACAUGUAUUCAUAAUAAGCACAAAAAGAAUUCAUACGAAUACACAUGUUUGCAUAUAAACAUAUAAGAAUAUAAGCAAAAGAGCGAACCCGUCCGUUAGAGCAAUAUAUAGUUUUGAGCAUAAUUUUUAUUUCACGCUAAGCGAAAAUGUUAAAAUUUCUCCUGCUAAACUGGCAGUGGUGAAACACUUCCAUCUCUGCCGAGUUAGCCAAAAAUAUUUUUACGAUCUCCGCGCCGUGAACCUUCUCUAUGAUAAACGUUCUCUGGUUUGACUUUUUAGAUGCUAUACAUAAUUAGAACAUUUUAACAUACCAAAACUCUUUGAUUUGUUUAAAGUAACUCGAAAUAAUCAUCUCGCCAAAAAUGGAAUUAAAUCGCGAACACUUUCGCACAAUUAUUUUUCACAACUUUCGACUUGAAUUAUCUCAGCAAUAGUGCAUCGCCGAAUUUAAUUAAAUUUUUGGCGAUGGUAUGGUGAAUUCAAUCUAAGUCGCAGAUCCAAGAGGAAUUUCGUAUGCAUUCAAUAUUGCAUGGACAAAGAUAUUUUUUCAUGGUCGAACCCACACAUUUUGUCGAUAGGUCAAAGAAAGGUUGUGUCGAUUGUUCGUGACAAAUGAUAAAACGUGGAUAUGCGUACAUGCGGCCGAAAAUAAAGAGCAGUAUAGGGUUUCAAGAUGAGCCGAAGCCAACAAAAUUUGUUCGCGUAAGAAGCACUUCCAAGCAAAUGGCAGCUUGUUUUUUAUAACAACUGGACAUAUUGCAACCAUGCCACUAGAACAACGCAAAACAGUAAAUUCUGAGUAGUACACAAGUAUUUGUCUGACAGAUUUUUUUCAAGAAAUUAGAAAAACCAAUCACCGGAGUGCCCUCACAUAUCGACUGAAAAAUCUUCAUUUUUGAGCACAUAAACAACGAUUUGAAGAGUCAUUCGCCGUAGUCAUUCGCAGAAGUAUAUAAGAUAAUUAAAACUUGUUUUUGUUCUCUAAUCCCGAUAUAUAAAAGACAACCUACGUACACCACACAAACUACCGAUUCCUGUCCGUUAUUGCGCAAUCAAUGGUCUAAAUCUUAUAUCCCCAACAUAAAGAGUUCCGACCCGAUUGACGUUUUUAACAUAACAAGAAUAUAUUAAACUUAUUUUCUUCGGUUUUGUUUAUCUUAUAUAUAAAAAUGAAUCGCAAAAUAUGUUGGUAAGCGCAUAACUCAAAAACGCCUGAACCAAUUUUGCCAAUUCUUUUUUUAAAAUGUUCGUUGAGGCUCAAGGAUGGUUUUUACGGCAAAAAAUAGUAGUUGCCGAAAACCCUUAAAAACAGCCCUUUUCUUUCUCCCAUACAAACGAAUGAAUGUUUGUUUAUUAGUAACGCUAAGGAAACGACUGAACCAAUCUUAAUGAAAUUUUCAGAAAAUGUUCUGUGUGAAUCGGGGAAGGUUUAAAAAUAAAAAAACUGUAUGCUUUUCGUGUGGAAAAAUCGGAAAAUUGGAAUAUUCCAAAAAGUUAAUUUUUUCCAUACAAUUUUUCUUUUAAAUUUUUUGUUUUGUUUUUCAAUUAUUUGAAUCGUUAAAAUUUGUCAUUUGCUUCAAGAAUUUUUGAAAAUUGUUCAGUGAAAAUGUUAUGUGAGUUGCACAUAAAGUGAUCAAUUACAGAUUGAAAUAUGUUACGAUGCCACGAAGAGGCCAAGGCACAUGACCGAGUACACCCAGGAUGCGAUGACAUACGUGUUGAAUUAUGGAUCGCGGUCAAUCAGCAAGUGAUUGUCACGAUGUCACUGCAAGACUUUUCAAGCAACAGCUUCGAUGGACUUUAUCUUGAAGUAAUGUACAUAUACAUAUGUAUAUGGUGCUGUUAGAUGCUAGAUGUAUUCUGUUGAGUAGCAGAGUUUGCCACACGCAUUCAUUCUUCUUUGGAUUGUGGAUGGUGGAUGGUGGUUAUACCAGAUCAAAUUGAUGAAAUCAUUUAAUCAUGCGGAAACUCCUGAUGUAAAGAAAGAUCCAGUAUUAUACGAAGUGAUGAAAACCUAUAUGGUUCAUGAACCUUGCGGACACCACAAUCCCACUUCGGUUUGUAUGUCUCACAAUAAAUGCACGAAACAGUAUCCACGUACUUUUCUUCGAAACACAAACUAGAAAUGAUAGAUAUCCACUCUAUCGGCGUUGCUAACCAGACGACAAUGGCAGAACAUUCAGCAUUCAAUUUCGAAAAGUGAAUAUCGAAGUUGACAACACAUGGAUCGUACUAUAUUCACCAUUAUUGUCUAAUUUACAUUCCAAACUCAUAUCAAUGUUUAUUAUUGCAGUUUGGUGUAAUCGAUAAAAUACGUUUGUAAGUACGUCACCAAAGGAAGCAGCAUGGCUGUUAUUGGUCUUGAACGAUACGGUCGAUACGUGAACUGCAAUAAAGCGCUUUGUGGGAUAUUUAAUUUUGCAAUUCAUGAACGUUUUCCAACUGUUGUGCGUCUCGCAGUUAAUUUGGAGAAUGGCCAAAGAGUGUAUUUCAACCCAGAGAAUACAGUACAGCCAGUAGAAACACCGCCAGCAACAAAAUUAACAUUUACGAGUUUUUUCUCAACUUUCGUCAGUGAUCCGUUUGCGAGAACAUUGCUCUAUUCGGAUAUACCUAGAUAUUAUACAUGGAAUGCAUCGUCGAAAAAAUAGUUGCGCAGAAAGCAAGGCCAACCAGUAGAUGGACAUCCAGGUGUGUUAUCAUCUAAUGCAUUAGGACGAAUUUACACAAUCCCCCCCGAAAACGAUGAUUGUUUCUACCAUCGGUUGCCAUUGAUAAAUGUACGCGGUUCAACUUCAUUAGGGUGUGUUUUGGAGAAGUAAGCCAGCAAUUACAAUUGCUGGAAUAUGUUAAUCACAGGAAUGCCACUUAAGUUCGCACACUUUUCGCGAUAAUCAGUUCGACAUAUUAGCCUUCAAAUCUGCGUCAAUAAUGGGAUACGAACAAAAAUGACAUUGCUGAGGACAUUUUACAUCUUCGCUAUAAAUUGGAAACGAGUCAAUUCCGGUUGAUACUUCCGGUGGUUUGAUAUCAAUUCCAUCCGCCUUUUAUCAAUUCACGAAAGGUGAACUCAUCACGAAUGUUCGGACAUUCGCCAAAUUAUCGUAACUACGACUCCUUAAGUGCACGCGGAAUAUUAGCUGCCAAAAAACACCGAAGUUGUUGACUUAAACUGGAAGAUUCAAAGUCAAGCUGCGUUACAUUGAAAAAAAAAUUAAAAUAUAAAUUUAACUUUCUUUUCAUUUCAAAACACAUCAUUUCACGCAGGACAACGGCUGCGGGGUCAGCUAGUAUUAAAUAUAUGUUAUCAGAAGAUAAUUUUUUUUAUAAUUUUCAGCGACGGGAAGUAAAAUAUAAGUUGAGUCUAUGACCUAUUAUAUGUAUAAAACAAUAAGACAAAAAAUUGAUUGUAAACCACUCGGUUUCGUAGAAUAGUGAAUUUUUAAUUCUUCCGCAAAGCUUUUAAUAAAUAGUUUGCUAACACCGGAAGGCAUUUCCCCGGUUUUCAUCCUUCCAAAUUGCAAGAAUAAGAAAUGUUUGGUUACACCUGGAGCACUUCUUUACUUGUUAACACUUUACAUACAUUACAGCAACAUUUUUAACAGGAAAAUUAUCUUAUACACUAAGAAGGAAUAAUAACGCUAUUGCUGCCCGUUUAUUUGAACAUCGGGUAUAGUUUGCUCUAUUCUCUGCGAAGUAACGUUUAACGAUGUAGGUUAUAAUUAAUAAUUUUAAACCUCCGGCCACAUUUCUAAUGAAAAUUCCCUCAGUAGUAAUUUACUUAAUAACAUUACACUCUGUCAAUAAAGUAUCGGGAAUUCUUCAUUUCCCCCUCUCAUCUCCCGAUUAUACGGAAGACAGGUAAAUGUUUUUUUCUAGGUUGGUACAACUGUCCUCAAUUAUGAUGCCAAAAAUUUGCGUGAUCUGUGAACCAGUGUGUUUACAGCAGCUGUUUAUGUCAGUCGACCUCGGUAGUGUUUGUCGAAUGAGCAAGCACCGUUUUCACCUGAUAUGGCCCUUUGUGACUUUUACCUUUCUUUACACUAAAAUAUCCACUUCGGGGCAAACGCUUCGACUCAAUUAAUGACAUCGAAACAAAUUCGACGCGAGAGCUGAAGUCCAUCCUGGAAAGUGCGUAUUAAAAAUUUUGAUGAUUGGAAGAAGCGUUGACCUAUGUGCAUCGCUUCUAAUGGAUAUUACUUUGAAGGCGAUAAAAAAAGUGUGGAUGAUGAUUGAAAAAUUUUCGUUUAUAUAUAAUUUGUAUUGACAUGGUUUAUAUGCAUAGACGAUUAUUUGCGAAAAUCUUAAUAUGCACCAAGGAAAGCUUGAUGUAUUAAGAAAAGUUUUUAUUGUAAUAUUGGAAAAAGUACACCAUUAACUGAACAAUUAUUUAUUACUUUAUUUAUUCAACUCGUUGCAUAUAGUUUGAUCUCAUUUAAUAGUAAAAUAGGUGUGGUUAAAUUACCGCAACAAAAAAAAUAAUUAAAUCAGAUAUAUGCAAUAAGCACAAACUCAAUGUUAUUAUUUUAAAUGUGAUUGAUUGUCAUUGGGGACUACUAAUAUACAUACAUAUGUACAUAUAUGAAUACUAUCACUUACAUUCAAAGAACGUAGAAAUGAAAUAUAAUUUAUGUGGACAAAAUAUAGAUAGCUACCACAGCGCUGUGUGUAAUUAAAGUUUUAAUUUAGACAAGAUCCCAUUUCAUUUUAGCAUCAUAUGAUCAACAGAAAGAUAAAAAUAUCAGUUAACCUUCUCCAGUCGUCACUUAGUGAGUGGUUCACUUUGUGCUUAAACUUAUAAUAAACAACAACAUUACAAUUGAAAGUAUUGUUUUAGAGUGCAGAGUUGUUUGUUCUAAAACUUUUCAAGUUAAUUUUUUCGAGUAUGCGUAUUUAUGCUUACAGUUUUUCAUAUUAUGGUAAAUAAAUACGCAAUUAUAUAACACGUACAUAUACUAAGUUUAUGCUUCAUUUCUGCACGGCCAUCUUUUAAAUGUAUAACAACACGUGUUAAUCGCGAGAAUAUUGAGAACAAAGGACAAAUGCCGCGAAAUACGCACCGCUACUGCAGUGCAACAAGUCGACACGGGUUAUCGUGCUCCAAAUAAGACGUUGUACAAAGACAAAUAAUUGUACCUGAUAAAGAUUACGAUGUAGCAUGGCAAUUAAAAUUUAGUAUUAUUAAAUAUUCAUCAGCAUUUUAACGAUUCUAAAGCGCUCAUCAACGUUCAAUGAAAAUAAGUCGAGUAGUUUUUUGAACUUCACUAUUUUCUCUUAGCUAUAUAUGUAUAAAGCUGGUCACAUUCUAAAGAUAUUCGAUUAAAUUUUCUUCGGAAUUUUCAUAUCAAAUAUAGUGAUGUAUACUUCACAUUCAGACAAAAGAGCAUCAGGGAUUUAUGAAAUCACCCAAGCUUCAACUAUCAUAGAAUCUAUUGGCGAAGGGAGCCAACUUCAAACCGAAACCAGCUUUUUUUACAGACUUAAUGGUGAUGUUUUUUGGUUUGCACUUCACUUUCCUGAAGGCCGAAAACCGAAAAGAUUUGACCGGAAAUUAAUCACGAUAACCAAAUAUAGCACUAACACGAUUAGUUGGCACUUUUAGUAAAAAUAUAAACUAAAUCCACGCACUUAAUAAGUAUGUAGCGUGACGGAAUAAAAAAAUAAUAAUAAUAUAGAUUACAACCACUGUAGACGGUUUGUUGCCCUAGGUAUAACAUCGAAUUUGGAUACCUUUAUGCUCAACAUUUAUGACACUAUCAGUGAUUUUGAAAGAUUUACUGUCGUUUAUUUUUAAAUUUUUAUAUUAAUUUUACAUUAAACAAUUCGAAAACAUGAAAAAAAUAUAACAUAUCGAAAUAUAUAAAAGAAAGUCGUGUUAGUUACACUAUUUAUAACUCACGAACGGCUGUCCCGAUUGGGCGGUCGAGAGGUAGCUCAAAACCAUGGGAUGGACAUAGGAUUAUUUUUAUCCAUUUAUGUUAAAAUUCAAUGCAACUCAUAAAUACUAAAAUUAUAUUGCUUGUCAAAAAAGUCUUGCGGUAUUUUUAUUGAAUUUUCAAUUGUUCAUAAAAUUGGUUACAAUAAUGCGAUUCAAGUCAAAUAUGCGCCGUUUUGUUCGAUGACGCGUUCCCAACAAGAUGUCAACUUCAUAAUGCCCCUCUCAUAGAAGCUCGCUUCCCUAUUGGCAAAAAACUCGGAUAGCCAAUUUUCACAGGACUCUCUUGUGGCCAACUUCAGACUACCAAGCGCGUUCGCCAUGGACAGAAACAGGUAGUAAUCACUUGGUGCGAGAUCCGGACUAUACGGUGGUUGCAAAAGAACCUCCCAUCCGAGCUCCCGGAGCUUCUGGCGCGUCACUAAAGAUGUGUGUGGCCUGGCGUUGUUCUAAUGGAAGACAAUUCGGCCUCUGUCGAUCAACGAUGGCCUCUUCUGCAUGAGUGCUGCCUUCAAGCGGUCCACUUGUUGGCAGUACAGGUCCGAAUUGAGCGUUUGGGUAUAGGGGAGCAGCUCAUAGUGGAUUAUUCUCUGCCAAUCCCACCAAACACACAGAAAAACCUUCCCGGCUGUCACGCUUCAAAACCGGGUCGAUUUUGUUGCGAUUCAGAAGCGAUUCGCAUGCGUCGAUACGGUCAAAGAUGUUUUUUUGCGCCAAUUCGUGUGGCACCCAUACAUCGAGCUUCUUAGUGACUCCAAGCUUCUUCAAAUGGUUUAUAACGGUUUGAUGACUCAUGCCCAGCUCUUGACCGAUGCUACGGCUGCUACUAUGCCGGUCUCUUUCGACCAAAUCAGGGAUUUUAUCGCAAUAUUCGACGACAGGCCUUCCGGAGCGUGGCGCAUCUUCGACCACCUCUACACCAGAACGAAAACGUUAAAACCAUCGUUGUGUAGUGGAAAUGGAAACUGUAUCGGAUCCAUAAACUGCACAAAUUUUAUUGGCGGCUUGAGAGGCAUUUUGCCUUUAUCGUAGUAGUACUGUAAAAUAUGCCGUAUUUUCUCUCUAUUUUGCUCCACUCACGAACGACUUAAAAGAAACGGCAAUCAAAUAAACACGUGUUAGCGCGUGAAAUGAGCUUUCCAGAAAGGUAAAGCAUGACCCGAUGCGACGAAUAAAACUAGAACUACGCGCUUUCAGCGCCAACUAGCGAAAAUACCGCAAAACUCUUUUGACAACCCAUUAUUUCAAAUCGUAAGCAUUUGUUCAAAAUUCAUGUUUGUUAGAAUCAUUUGAAUUUUUUAUUACCUCAAAAAAACAAAAGAAAGAAGAGAAACGAAAAUUAAUUGGUAAAAUUUUAGUUUGAAUGAAAAAACGAAAAUUCCUAUGUUAGCUGUAUAAAAAACUAAAAUAAAAAAGCGACCCCCUAAAGUUAAGCUACAGCGCCAGUCUUGAGGAAGGAUUUUUUUGUCAAUCACUAACAUUUGGGGGGGUUAAAGUUGAAAAAAAAAUUCGCAUAAAUUUUUACAAAUAUACAUCAUGGGCAACAUGGAUGAACAACUUGAUCGACGUCAAGAGAUCAAUGCAGCAAUGAAAAGAGAAUUAUUCAAGAUCUGCAGCAACUACUUAAAGAACGUCAUGCGUUGUCAGGCUGUUUACGAGUGCUUUGCAGCGCUUGCCAAAUGAUGACUAAAAAGUCGUGAUCAAAGCAGAUAAACGACCAUUUAGAACACACGAACGCAAUUAUUAAUUUAAUGCUCGCAACAAUAGAUCAAGUGGCCACCCUUAUUUUUGGUGAAAACUUGGAAACACGCUAUAUUGUGCUUACAUGACGCGAUACUGAGUAACUGCGACAAAUAUCUGACAUGUUGCAAUAGCCGCCAAUGUUUUGGCAAGGUGAAGAGGGAUGUUAUUUCAAUAUCUAAAGUUGUUUAGAGAAUUUUGGACAAAUUACUGCCAACCGUUUAAAAAUCAUUAUCUCCACAUAUUGUAAUUACUUUAAAAAUAUAAAUGUAAGUUUUACAUCAUAUUAUCAUACUAAUAUUAUAAAUGCGAAUGUAACUUUGUUUGUUACGCUUUCACGCAAAAACUACUUAACCGAUCAUCAUGAAACUUUGUACAUACACUUCUGAAGGUAUUAGAAGUAAAAUAGUGUACUUUAUAUUAAAAAAAAAAUUUUUAAAAAGAUAAAAAGAAAUUGUUUGUCAAAAAUCGUCAAAUUUAGCUACUUCAAUGCCAUCUAGCAUUACAGUAAUGAAGUUGCAACCAUGAAUACUGUAAUACCGUCCCACUGUAUUACCGGCGGUGACGAAAAUAUCUAAUUCAAUUGAAUAUAUGUACAUAGUUUCAACUGUUUCUAAUUUUUCUAUAUAUUGUUAUUUUCUUCUGUCACAUGCAGUAUAAAACUAUUCAAAUUUUUGAGGUAAUCCGUAAUUUUUGUGGUUAGCUGUCACUUUAUUAUUUUAGAUCUUACUCGCUGAUGUUAAUUCUUACUCUGCUUUUCUUAGAAUAUGCCUCGGAAGCGGAAAUCUGGUAUAUCCAAAUCAUACUCAUACUAAUAUUAUAAACUAGCUAACCCCGCAGCCGUUGUCCUGCGUGAAAUUAUAUGUUUAGAAUUGAAAGGAAAGUUAACGUUGCAUUUUCUUUUUCAAUGUAACGCAGCUUGAUAAACAAAAUUUUUUGGUUUUUGUUCCGGUAUACAAAAAAGAUGGUUUUCCAACUCGUGAGUACGCCACGUAUACCUGACCAUGUGAAAAACAGAGCAUUUCCAAAUUUAUGCUACACACUAUGCGACUAUCCUUGUUUCCUGUUGAUUUUCAUCUCAAAUGCAAUUUUCACUGGAAACGGAAUACGUUUGAACUGAAAUGGCAAAUCGGUAGAACUCAAAGGAAUUAUUAGAUUCAAGCAUUCUGCCCUUGUAUUCGAUAGCGCAGAUUGCGGAACAUAUGAACGACAGAUCCAACUUUGAGACGCAAAUGAUGCGGUGGCAUACUACCAAGGCUCUCCAAAAAAUUUAGAAAUUCCACUGGACAAUUCACGGCAACGUCUUCACUGUCAAGGCGAUCGAUCGAUUUUUAUGUGCACAAGUCUCCCGGAAUUUGACUUUGAAUGUUCCCGUUUAAGUCAACAACAUCGGUAUUUUUGGCAGUUAACAUUGCGCGUGCACUUAAGGAAUCGUAGUCACGAUAAUUUGGCCAAUGUCUGGUCAUUUGUGAUGAGUUCUUCUUUCGAGAAUUGAUAACGGGAAGAUGGAAUUGAUAUCGAACCACCGGAAGCAUCAACUGGAAUUGACCCAUUUCCAAGGUUUAGCGAAGACGAUGUAAAAUGUCCUCGGCAAUGUUAUUUUUGUUCGUAUCCCAUAAUAGGUGCGGAUUUGAAGGCUGAUACGUCGAAAUGAUUAUCGCGAAAAGUGUGCGAAUUUCAUUUGCAUGCCAGUGAUUGACAUUUUCCAGCAAUUGUAAUUGCUGGCUUACUUCUCCAAAACUCGCAGACACCGUACCAUUCGCAGUACGCAAUGACCCAAAUGAAGUUGUACCGCGUUCAUUAAUCAAUAGCAACCGAAGGUAGAAACAAUCGUCGUUUUUCGGGUAGAUUGUGUAAAUUCGUCCUAAUGCAUUAGUUGAUAACACACCUGUAUGCCCAUCUACUGGUUGGCCUUGCUUUCUGCGCAACUAUUUCUUCGACGAUGCAUUCCAGGUAUAAUAUCAAGGUAUUUCCGAAUAGAGCAAUGUUCUCGCAAACGGAUCAUUGACGAAAGUUGAGAAAAAACUCGUAAAUGUUAGUUUUGUUGCUGGCGGUCUUACCACUGGCUGUACUGUAUUCCCUGGGUCGAAAUACCCACUUUGGCCAUUCUCCAAAUUAACUUCGAGACGCACAACAGUCGGAAAACGUUCAUGAAUUACAAAAGUAAAUAUCUUACAAAGCUCUUUAGCGUAUCGACCGUAUCGUUCAAGACCAAUAACCGCCAUGUUGCUUCCCUUGGUGACGUACUUACAAACGCAAUUUAUAGAUUUCACCAAACUGCAGUACUCAACAUUGAUAUGAGUUUUGAAUGUGAAUUAAACAACAGUGGGGAACAUAGUACGAUCCAUGUGUAGUCAACUUCGAUAUUCACUCUUCUAAAUUGAAUGCUGAAUGUUCUGCCAUUGUCGUCUGGUGAGCGACGCCGAAGAAACGUGGAUAGCGUUUCGUCCAUUUAUUAUCAGACAUACAAACCGAAGUGGGAUUGUGGUGUUCGCAAGUUCCAUGAACCAUAUUGGUUUUCAUCACUUCGUAUAAUACUGGAUCUUUCUCUGCAUCAGGAAUUUCCGCAAAAAUAAUUUCAUCAAUUUGAUCUGGUGGAACCACUACCCACCAUCUCAAGAAGAAUGUGUGCGUGCGGCAAACUUCUCUUUUGCCAACAUAGUACAUCUAGCAUCUAACAGCACCAUAUAUUCGUUGCUUGAAGAUAAUGUCCAUCGAAGCUGUUGAAAAGUCUUGCUGUGACAUCGUGACGAUCGCUUUCUGAUUGAUCGCGACCCAUAAUACCGCACGUAUCCUGGGAGUACUCGUUCAUGUGCCUUGGGCUGCUAAUCUAUGUUGAUGCCAAAAAGAACACCGACCGAUAUUAGCGCGACCUCUUCAUGGCAUCGUGACAAUUUUCAAUCUGUAAUUGAUCACUUUGUGUGAAAAACACAUAACAUUUUCACUGAAUAAUUUUCAAAAAUUUUUGAAGCAAACGCCAAAUUUGAAUGAUUUAAAUAAUUAAAAAACAAAACAAAAAAAUUGAACAAAAAAAUUUGUAUGGAAAAAUUAACUUUUUGGAAUUUUUCAAUUUUCUUUCCCGAUCCACAACGAACAACCUCUUAAAAUUUCAUCAAUAUUGGUUCAGCCGUUCUCUUAGCGUUACUAACGAACAAACAUUCAAGGGCUGUUUUUAGGAGUUUUCCGGCAAUUAUUCGAAAACCAUAAACCAUCCCUGAACCUCAACGAACAUUUUAAAAAAAGAAUUAUCAAAUUUGGUUGAGUCGUAUGAAAGUUAUGAGCGUACAUACAUUUUGGCGAUUCAUUUUUAUUUAUAUAGAUGCGAAAAUGAACAACAAUGAAUACUGUAAUGCCGUCCCACUAUAUUACCGGCGGUGACGAACCUAUGGAGGAAACUGUACAAUGCCGAUCGCCAGAUAAAAUAAGGGAGCUUUACGCUACGCUUUUAUCUUCUUGUGGUCUUUCUAACCCUAAAACUCGUUGGAAUAAGUACAAAGAAUUCAUGGCUGAAGAUAUUUUACAUCACAGUCUCCGACUGUCACUCCACGCAUACGGUUGUGCUAUCAGUAAUUUCGUUGUGUUAAUCAAUUUCGCUAGUGCAAGUUACAUUUUCGCAUUCCUUUUCGCACCUUAUUUUUCAAUAAGCCUGCUCUUAUUUACUGACUCCUAUUAACUAAAUCAAAUUGUGAAAACAUGUCCCCUUGGGGGACCGCUCUAGAAAAUAAUAGGUUCGCCCUAUUAUCUUCUAGUCCUCAACCAAAAAGAAAAAAAAAAGCCAACCCUAUAUCGAAUGAAGAAUUAUUUCCUACUCUACCAACAACAAUUAAAGACAGUCCUAAAUAUAUAGUGGUAAGUUCAAGUGAUGCAAAUAAGCCGUUGAAUAAAUUUUCCUGCUUUGCCGUUCACAAAGCCCUGAAACAUAUUAGCUCUGAAAUAAUAAAAAUCAGUCAACUAAGAGACGGUAAUUUGCUACUCCUAGUUAAAAAUAGCACAAUCGCAAAAAAAUUCACUACAACAAAGCAACUCGUUGGGAUAUGCAGCGUAAAAAUUGAGCUCCACAAAAAUCUAAACUCAUGCAAAGGUACUAUUUACGCUCCGUGCCUAAACGAUAUUCCAGAGAAUGAAAUAAUCGAAAACUUGAAAGAACAGGGUGUCAUAUCAAUUUAUAAAUUUCCGAAAUACAUAAAUAGCCAACCAACUCCAAGUGGUGUAGUCCUCCUAACUUUCGAUCGCUACUCCCUACCGGAAAAAAUUGAUGUUUCAUGGUAUACAACAAAGGUAAGACCAUACUAUCCAAAUCCUAUGAGAUGCAAAAACUGCCAAUUACUUGGUCACACAAAAAAACGCUGCAAUAAGGUCCCUACUUGCGAUACAUGUGCAUUACCAACCCACAAUCCCUCACCCUGUACUCGCACUCUCUGUGCAAACUGUUCUGCUGAUCACCCAGCCUCAAGUAAACUGUGUCCAAAGUUCACUCAAAUAAAGAAUAUAAUAACAAUUCAAACAGACAAUAAAUGCUCUUUCCGCGAAGCAGUAAAUAUCCAUAAAGCACAAAUACCACCUGUUUUCAAUUCUUCAUCUCCUUCAUUCGCUAACGUUAUUAACAACCCGACAAACAUAACUCCCACAAACAAUCAACAAAACACUCAAACAAAAGAGCAAAUCUCGCUCUCCUAUAUUACUUCACCUACAACUUCCAACUCUAAAACAAUCAGCACAAGCAACGAAGAAAAUGUAACAACCACUAUAAAUCAAAUAAAUUCAACUCAUUCGUUUCCAACGACAAGUGCGGUCGAAGACUCAACUGUAACACCUUUUGACUACAACGCAACAACCUCACUCAUUUCAAACUUGAUCACCCAACUCAGUAACACUCCCGCCGCCCCAUUACCCACACAACCCCCAUCACAAAAUAGACUAUGAGAAUUCUCCAGUGGAAUUUGAAAGGUCUAUUUAACAAUUAUCCAGAUUUAAAUAUACUCAUAAAUGAAUUCUCACCACACGUAAUUGCAUUACAAGAAACUCACCUCCCAACAAAUAAAACAGCAUAUACCCCUCACAAAUACAUUGGUUAUUUCCAUAAUCUACCACAAAACAAAUCAGCUAAACAAGGCAUUGCCCUGUUUAUCAAAAAACAUAUCAAACACAAACGUAUCCCAGUCUUUUCCAACAUUUCCGCCAUUGCAAUAGAAAUUAACAUCGGUUUCAAAUUUUCCAUAGUCACAUGCUACAUCCCUCCGAAUCAAAAGUUUACUGCAGGAGAACUUAUAGGUGUUAUUAACGCUGCUCCUGCACCCACAAUAAUCAUUGGAGAUUUUAAUGCUUGGAGCCCCCUAUGGGGAUCUACCUUCUCAAACGGAAGAGGCCAAAUAAUGGAAGAUGUUAUUCUCUCAAAGAACUUAUUUGUUCUUAAUGAUAGAUCACCAACUCACUUUUCCUCCCACAAAACUUUCACUCAUAUAGACAUCGCUCUUUGUUCAGCUUCCAUAGCCCAUAAACUCUGUUCUUAUACUCUAGAAGACCUUCACAAUAGCGACCACUUUCCUAUCAUAACUUCCCUCAUCACACCGAUGCAAUACAUCAUUAAGCCGAGAUCAAAAUUUCUUACAGAUAAAGCUGAUUGGUUAAAAUAUUGCUCCCUGCUCAACACAUCAACAAGUGCUGAAAUAAUAUCAGAAAACAUAAACGCAGAAGCAUCAAAAAUAAAAAGGAUUAUUCGAUCCGCUGCACAUAUCUCCAUUCCCCAAGCUAGCACAAAAAAAUUUUCCGCCAAACUACCGUAUUGGUCUAAUCUAUUAACUGCCUUGAGAAAUACAAAACAAGCUCUUUGGUCUAAAUUCAAACAGAGCGUAACAACCGAAAACUUAAUCAGAUACAAAAAAGCAAACUCUAACUUCAGAAGAGAACUAAAGUCUGCUAAACGCAUAGCCCUUGAAAAACUAACAGCUAAUAUAAAACCCACUUCAAGCUCUAAAAAAAUAUGGAAUGACAUCAAAUCUCUUUCAGGAGAACAUAAACAAAAUAAAAUUGAUUUUAUUCAAUCUCCCGUAGGUCCCAUUUACGAUCCGCAGCAUAUUGCAGAAAACUUUGCACAAACAUGGUCAAACAACUCCAAAAAUUUCAACUUUCAUCCGAAUUUUAUUACACUUUCUAAUCAAAUCAUUUCCCAAACAUACCACAACCCAUCCCCAUGUUUCGAAGCUACAUUGAUAGAAUCUCCCAUUACAUUAGAAGAGUUCGAUUCUACUAUCAGCAAAAUGUCCGGAAAAACCCCUGGAUCAGACAAAAUUUCCUACCCCCUCCUAAAAAAUCUUCCAUACUCUUUAAAAAUCAGACUUAUAACCCUAUACAAUAACAUAUUAAAGCAGGGUAUUGUACCUCAAGAAUGGAAAAAAGCUACAAUUAUUCCCAUCCCUAAACCCAACAAAUCGAGUGCCUCAAUUUCAGACUUCAGACCUAUUUCUUUGAUACCCUGCAUUGCCAAAGUUUUGGAAAAAAUUAUAUCAAAGAGACUCAUGUGGUUUUUAAAACAAAAAGGACUGAUAAGCCCCAACCAGUUUGGUUUUCAAAGUGGUCUUGGCGUCAUUGACCCACUUCUUUACUUUGAACACCACGCUGCAACAACAAUAUCUACCAAAAAUCACUUAUCUGUCCUGAGUCUAGAUUUUGAGAAAGCAUUUGAUAGAAUUGGAGCUCAUACGGUAUUACAAGAAUUAAAAAAAUGGGACAUUGGAGAUAAAACGUAUAAUUUCAUAAAGUCAUUCCUUUCAAAUCGUAAGAUUACAGUAAGUGUUAAUAACCAAAACUCCAACAUAUACCCCCUGCAUAAUGGCAUACCCCAAGGAUCUCCCCUUUCAACAACACUAUUUAUAAUUGCCUUUAACCAAUUAAGCAACUUAAUAACCUCAUACCGAUGUGUAGACCAUAUCAUCUACGCAGACGAUGUUUUAAUUUUUUCGGCUUUAAAAAAUUUAAACCAAGUAAAAAUCAUUUUUAGCAACAUCCUAACCGAAAUAGCAGAAUGGUCUAAAACGUCAGGAACAAAAGUUUCUGCAAGCAAAAGCGCAACAUUUCACGUUUGCAGAAAAAGAAAAUGCACCUUCCCUAACCUAUCCUUCGAAAGCACACAAAUCCCUCACACUACAACUUUAAGAAUACUUGGCUUAAUUUUUGAUAAAAAACUAACAUUUAAGGAACAUUGUAAAUAUGUUAGAUUAAGUUUACUUAAUAGACUAAACAUUAUAAAGUUUCUCUCUUCAAAACACUGUCAUAUCCAUAUCUCAACUCUCGUAAAUAUUGUAAAAGCAUUGAUGUUGUCAAAAAUAGACUUUGGACUAGCAAUCUAUGGACACUGUGCUAAAUCCCAUCUCGCACUCGUUGAAACCCCUUAUCACAUAGCGGUAAAAAGGAGCAUUCGUGCAUUCCCUACUUCUCCAACCAAAGUGGUCUUAACUGAAGCAGGUCUACCCAGCAUUCCUCUCCGAACAAAGCAGAAUACAAUGAUGCUCAUACCAAAGCUCCUCCAGUGCAAAAACUCCCUUUUGUUUAAUGCGAUGAAAACAUAUCGUACCACCAAAAAACUAUCCACGAUCGUACAAUGUAUAAACAUUAUAAAAAAACUUGACAUAAUAUCAACACCACAAUUAAUAAAGGAGAACACUCAUCCUCACUGGCUGACGUUAAAAUCAUCCAUAAUAAGUACGUUAUUCAAGUAUCAAAAAUCAACCACCAACGCAGAACAAUAUAACCAGCUAUUUAACGACGCAGUAAACACUUAUAAACCAGAGUGGAAAAUUAUCUACACCGAUGGAUCAAAAUCGGAUACCCACACUUCGUUUGCAGUGACAAACGACCAAGGUGUCAUUAUAACCGUCGGUGUUUUACCACCGUACUGCUCUAUACUUACAGCUGAAGCGGCUGCGAUAUACGAAGCGGUGCUAUUUAUUGUACAAUCUAAAGAAAAACACAUCAUAUGCAGUGAUAGCAAAUCGACAAUUACCGCGCUGUUGAAUGAUACAAAUAACUCAGUACUGAUCAAGAAUAUAAAAGAUAUUUUAUACAAACACAAAAACAUAAUCAAAAUCAUGUGGAUCCCUGGACACGCUGGUAUUAGAGGCAACCAACUUGCAGACGAUCGCGCCAAAAAGGCGAGUAGAGAACCAGUUUUCUCGUACGCACACGUCACAUCAAAAGAUAUUCGCAACCUACUAAAAAAAGAGCUUUACGAGUCAAACUCUAGAGACUGGAUAGACUUUCAACACCAAUACAAGGAACACAAUCCCACUGGUGUCAAGCCAAACUACCCAUCCGACUGUUCCUGCCAAUACAUAAAAAUAUUUGUGCGCCUUAGAUUAGGUCACACUUUAAGAACACACAAUUAUCUGUUGAACAAAACGGAAAAACCUAGCUGCACACUUUGCAAUCAUCCAAACGACUCAGUUAACCACAUCCUAAACGACUGCACUGCACUAGCACAAAAAAGGAAAACCAUCUUUGGAAACAGGGAACCCUCCCGUCUACUGAAAACACCAAAUAUUGACAACAUCAAUGCUAUCAACAGUUUUCUUAAGAUAUGUAAGAUAAAUAACAUUUAAAUAUUAUAAGCAAAUAAAAACUAACUAUUAAUUUUACACUUAAUUUUAAUUAGACAUAACUAUUGUAAUAGAUAGCCGAAGGCCCUAGUAGCCAGUGCUUAAUCUCUGUGAAUUAAUUAUUAAUAAUUAGUUCUCAUUUAAAUAAAUAAAUAAAAUAAAUUUUACAUCAACUGCAGCAAGUACAAAAAGAUAUUACUUUCAAUGAACAUGUCUACAUUAAAACGCUAAUUAUAAUCGAAAACAAGGUUUUUACGAUGGUUGGAAAAAAAUUAGAAUGUCGAACCCUCGACGAGACAAUAUGGAUGAUUUUGAUAAUGAAAUUGCACGAGAGUUAGAUUAUGAUUUCUUAGCACUGCAACAUCAAGUGACAGAAUUAGUCACUCAAUUACUUAUAGAGCAAAAUAUAAAUUCCAGCAGUGGUGGGCUCUUCUUUCUCGACGCACCAGGAGGAACUGCAAAAACGUUUUUGCUUAACUUAUUAUUAAUAUCCGUCAGAAAA